AUGUUCGAGCUCUCCGUUUCAGCUACCGUGAUACUCAUGACUCUCACCGACCUUCCUCACGACCUUCUGCUCGAAAUAGCGACAUAUCUCUCCGUAAAAGACGUCCUAUCGCUCAAGCAGACAUGUCGCGUCCUACACGUAUUAGCUUCUGCGGACUAUCUUUGGCACAAAAUAAGCGCAGACAAUCAUCAACCCUUGGAUCUUCCCCUCGGAGUUCGGCCGCUCUCGCUUCCGAGCGACGAAUUGCAAAGACUCGCGAUUAGGGCUCUUCGUCUUGAGGCAAACUGGAGACGAUCCACUCCUCGUCUGGCUGCUAAAGCAAUAGUGUCCUCCUCGGAAGAGCCAUAUGUCGACGAGAUGCAACUUCUUCCGGGAGGAAAGUGGCUCUUGACGGCACAGCGUCGCUCGCACCGAUGGCGUUUUAACUCAUGCGUCACGCUGUGGUCAUUACAAGAUGUGGAGGAUCCACGUCGAAUUACACGCAUUGAUUUCCCUGGUACAUAUCGAAGCGUCUCCAUGGCAGUGCAGGAGGGGGGUGUUCUGGCCUACUUGGUGAUAGGAGUGCACGACGAGUCACGCGCACAACAGACCAUACCGAAGAAUACUUCUAGUUAUAUCGAGAUCCACUUGCUACGUCUGCAGCGUGAAGAACUUUCAUACAUGAGGAAUUCUCUGCGGUCUGCACCGAAGAGAUUGGAUGUGCCUUGUCAUCCGCGUGCUAUCCGUAUCCGUCCAAUGAUUCAUCUGAUCGCCACCUGCGGAAACGUGCUAGCUGUCACCGUGGUGUUUCUGCAAGGCGGAAUUGCUGGCGAAAAUCCACUUCAGAUUCUGCUUGCUAACUCGGAUUCAGAUACGCCGUGCUAUGUACAUCCUCGAUUCGUACAGCCAUUCUCUUCAUUAUCUGUGAAUUUGCAUGAAGGGCAUAUUCUCCUGCUUGGCAAGAUAGAAUAUUCGCUCGUGCUUCGUAUCUACCGGCUGCCGGAACUGUUACAUCAAGUACUCACAGUGCCGGACAAUAUGCAAGAUUCGUUGUCCGGACAAGCUCUGGAGUACGAAUACUUGGAUUUAGGGGCCGUUCUCGCUGAAUAUGCCGAACCGCUCAGUCAGGGACUGCGUCGGGUUUCCGACAUCGCCUGCACUUCCUCUACAUCCUAUUCCUUCCUGUCUGUAAUGGUUUUUGAUCCUACUUUGGGACAUCCCGGUGUCGGCCAAGUCUUUCGCUUCCCUCUUAACGUGGAUGGACCACGUUUACCUGUCGUGUCAAAAUGCUUCCUCACUCCCCCAGACGUAUCUGCGCAGCUUGCCCAGGUGGGUGCGACUGGGCGUCGGGCGGUGUGGUUAGAGCACAACUGGGAGAUUCAACAAAAGCGGGUGAUGCGGUAUCGGUUGGUGGACGGGAAGCCCGUCGUUGAUGAGCUGCUUCCCCCUGAUCCUCAGCUGCCGUUAACACCGAACACUUGUCAUUCUCUUGCGUUUGACGAGGUGAGCGGUCGAUUGUGUAUGGGCCUUUACAACGGUGAUGUAUAUGUCUUGGACUUUGUGUAA